AUGGGCUUGCUUGAAGAUUCGCCUGUCGAGCCCGAGACACCUCCCCCAAGCUGGACACCCGGCAGACACGACUUCUGGAAGAAGCCUUCAAGAUGGCAGAUUUGCAUGCCCCGAUUACGUCUGGUGUUGAAAAUCAUCGCCACGUUUGUCGGCUUCAUUAUUCUCAUCAAAAUAAUGAGUGCAACACCUCCACCGCCGCCGCCCGAACCUGCUCCAGAUAUUCCCCCAGCCCCCGAAGUACCAGAUGUUCCCGAAGUCAUAGAAACCCCCGAAGUCACGGAGGUUCCGCCCCCUCCACCGACCGAAGAUGAGUUGAUGGAGAUGACAAUGGAGAAUGCAAAGAAAGAAGAAUGGAUCUGGAAAGAUUUCACAACGCAUGACGGUUUGACGCGUGGAACGUCGCACCUGCGCGCCUGCGAAACCGGUGAAAUUGACUGCAAAAAGACAAAUCCUCUUCUCGUUCGCUAUGACGGCUAUCGCGCGUUCCAAGAGCCCGUGGAACACAUUGUCUCCUGCGUCGGCCCACGCGGUGUGCCAUUGAACGAGAGUUAUGAGGACGCUGUCUGGGCGUAUCCAGGGCAAGCAAACGGUGCUGUUGAACCUACCCUUGGCUCCUACGAGGCAUCCGGAUUGGAUGGGGGGGUAUCUUUUGAUCGUGUUGGCCGCUUCCAGGCUUAUGGCAUCGAUCAGUGGGAUGCCACCGACGUUGAAGAGAUGAAGGAGAGGAGCGACGUCGACUGGGACAUGGUUGACUGGGGUGAAUUGCAGGACGAUUGUGCCGUCGCCAACAAGCACCGUUUUCGGCCGCUUAAAGAGCGACCCGCGAAUUCAAUCCAGUAUUCGAAUCUUCGGCACAAACAUGACACAUCCUCCUUCAAACCAGUCUCCACUCUGGAAUCUGGCACGGUCAACAAGGCAAAACGCACCGCGAUUCUGAUUCGUGUUUGGACUGGCGCGAAGUGGACUGCCGACGCUGUGAUGAACAUUCGGGCAAUGAUUGCAGAGGCCUCGCUGGCCAGCGGAGGCAAGUAUCAGGUAUUUCUCCUUCUUCACGUCAAGGACGAAAAUGUCCCACUCUUUGUCGGUGAGGAUGAACCGCGAGCGACGAUCGAGAAGCACAUCCCGCCUGAAUUUCGAUCCAUGACAGAGGUCUGGAACCACGCUCAGAUUCGGAGCUUGUAUUCCAACCUGGCGGAGCAUGCUUUUGUUGGCCGGUCGCCCUGGAUGAUCAUCCAAUGGUUCGCACGCAACCACCCCGAAUUCGAUUUCUUCUACCAAUGGGAGUUCGACGUGCGGUAUACCGGCCACUACUUGGACUUCUUCGAGGCCGUGGAAAAUUUCGGACGCAAUCAGCCACGAAAGGGCAUCUGGGAACGAGCGGGCAGGGUCUAUAUCCCCUCAGUCCAUGGCGAUUUUGACACCGAUUUCCGCAAUUCGACCAUGGAGGAAGAUCCUCACCAUGUGUGGGGGCCGGUAUCCGUCGAAGGUGUCAAACCCCGUGGGCCUAAGCCGCCCAAAGAGGAGGAAGACAACUUCGAAUGGGGAGUUGGUGAAGAUGCCGACUGGAUUGGGUUUCUCCCAAGCUUUAACGUGACCGGCACCGGUUGGUGGUUCCGCAAUUAUCUCUGGGGUUAUGCUCAGGGCACGUCCACACCGAGGAGAGCAACGCUCAUUGCCCAGGGCAGAGUCAGUCGGCGCGUACUGGACAUCAUGAAUUAUGAAAAUGCGGAGAACGGGCAUCACAUUGACGCCGAGAUGUUCCCUCAAACAAUGUGUCUCCACCAUGGGCUGAAAUCCACCACGUUUCCACACCCCAUUUUCGCCGACCGAUUCUGGACUCCUCAAGCGUUGCAGUCAACGUUCAACGGCGGACCAUUCGGCCAGGCUGGGGGCCAUUGGAAUAGCACGUUCAGCAAAUGGAACGAAUAUGCCUGGACCAACAUGACCUGGUAUUACAGCUCUGCUCAGGCAAUGCCCAUCUUCCAACGCCUUCUCGGUAUCACGGCGCUCGAAAGUGGUGGUCAAGAAUGGGAGGAUGUGUAUGGCAGAACUGUCGUUCGGCCGAUGCUGCUUCAUCCCGUCAAGGGUGCGAAAACCUGGCAAUGGACGGAUGAUGGAUGGCAGCAGACUAACUCUCGAACUUGA